AUGUGGGAAGGAUCCACACCAUUGCAUAUAGCAAUCGAACGUAACUUUUUUGAAAUCGCAGAACUUCUUAUUUCACAUGGUGCCGAUGUUAAUGCAAAAUCCAAAAACGGUACCACUGCUCUUCAUUUACUCUCGCAGACUGAUUUUCAGGACAAUAUUGAAUAUCUUAUUUCGAAAGGCGCCGAUGUCAAUAUCGCAGAUGAAUCAGGGAAAACUCCUCUCCAUUUUGCAGUUAGAAGUGAACGUAAAUCCUCUGUUAAAACUCUUAUUUCACACGGUGCCAAUAUCAAUUCAAAGGAUUCAUCUGGACAAACUCCUUUUCAUUUUGCAAUCCAAAAGAAUCUUAAAGCAAUAAUAAAUUUCCUUAUUUCAGAAGGUGCCGAUAUUAAUUCACAAGAUAAUAAAGGAAGAUCAGCUCUCCAUUUUGCUGUUGAAACCUUUAGUAAAGUAAACGUUGCUCUUCUUAAAUCCAAAGGAGCCAAUCUCGAUAUAAAAGAUAAUGACGGUCGCACACCUCUUCACUAUUCUGUCAUCGUACAUAACAAAGAAAUAAUGGAAUGCGUUAUCGCCCAAGGUGCUGAUAUCAAUGCAAAAGAUAAAAAUGGCUGGACUGCUCUUCACUUUGCAGCAUCAAAUGGCAAAAGAAUAUUGGCCGAUAUUCUUAUAUCUCAUGGAAUCGAUAUCAAUGCAAAAGAUCAUGAAGGUCAUAGUGCACUUUAUUAUGCUUCAGAACAUAAGCAUCAUACAACAGUCAAAUCCCUUAUUUCUCAUGGUGCGAUCCAAGAAAAAAACUAA